ACAGAUUGACCCAAACUGAGCUUCAAAAUCACCACCAAAAUGCCGUCUGAUUCGUACAAAAAACAGGAACUCGCUAUAAAAAUAGCAACAGAGGAAUUAGCGGCAAAAAAAUUCAAGAAUAUCAAAGAUGCGGCGCGAGCUCAUGCGAUUCCAUAUACGACUCUUUACAACCGCGUCAAGGGCCGCGCAUCUAAAUCGACCCGCAAAGCAACAAACCGCCUAUUUACAGAGUACCAGGAACGCGCAUUAAAAGCAUGGUUAGCUUAUCUUGACAACAUAGGAGUCCCUCUUACGACGGAGCUCUUGAAAACGCAGGCCAAUCUUAUACUACGCAAUAUAACACCACUCGGAGAUGUGCCACGCGUUGUAGGGCCUAAUUGGGCAAAUCGCUUUUUCGAGCGCCUAGGCACCGAUUACGCACGAAUCGUACAAAAGCCAAUGGACCCGAAUAGAUUCAACGCGCAGGAUUUUGGUGUCUUACAAACCUGGUUCGAUCGUCUAAAGAUUGAAAUCGAUACCUAUAAAAUUACGCCGUCAAACAUUUUCAACUUCGACGAAACCGGAUUCCGGCUCGGACAGGGAAAAAGGGAGGCAGUAAUUACUGCAUAUGAGCGCAAUGAGGUCAUUGAUAGCGCAGGCAGCCGGGAAUCAAUUACAAUUAUUGAGUGUAUAAACGUACUCGGAAAGGCCCAUAUGGAAGAGUGGUAUCGCGAUCUAGAGGAUGAUUACGUUCUUGCAAUAUCCCCGAAUGGAUAUAUAUCUGACGAGCUUGCUGCUGAAUGGCUCAUGCAUUUUGACAGAUCUACAGAGGAAGAAGAGAAUAAGGGAUAUCGACUUCUUCUUAUGCAUAAUUGCGGCGCUCAUUUGACCUGGCAAUUCCUCGAUUAUUGCCAACGGCAUCGGAUUAUAUGUUAUUCGUUCCCACCUCAUACAACUCAUAUCCUACAGCCAUUAAAUGGCGUGCUUUUUCAACAAUAUAAGCAUUUUCAUGGGAGAGCGGUGAACCGUCAGACACGCCUUGGAGGCCAAUCUUAUGAUAAAAGCGACUUUCUACAUGGGCUUCAUAAAGUGCGUUUACAGGCCUUUACACGGCGUACAAUCAAGGCAGGCUUUCGGAAUGCAGGCAUCUAUCCUUAUGAUCCAAAGGUUGUGCUUAGGCCACUGCAAGCAAAAAUAUAUUCACGUGGCAGUCCUAUAUUAUAA